AUGGCCAGCGCCAGUCUGCGAUGCCCCGCCAGCCAGGAGCGACUGGCUCUUAGGGCUUUGAAAGCCCUUAGUUUUGGCAUCCCUAUAAUCACACUUUGUAAAUGUCUCUUUUCACAACUGACACAUUCUUUCUCUCUCUGCUGUACAGAAGUUCACUUGAACCAGAGCAGCCCAGCCAGUGAAUUCCCCAGCUACAGUGAAAACGGCAAUGAUACCAGUUUACUUGUUUCACCCCUUCUGGUGGCUGGAGUAGUGAUCGGACUUGUGCUAUUUCUGUCCUGCGUUACAAUCAUCGUUGGCAGUCUGCGCAAGGAUGGACGGUUAAGACACCCCCAUCUGAGGAGAGAUGCUGUUUAUGCUCCAGAUGGCUUCUCUUAUGGUGGCUCUUUUGGAGAGCUGAGGUCCACCUGCAUGGAGGAGUUUCCCCCAGCUUUCGAUUUUGGUUCCUAUCUGGAUACGCUUUCUCAGGUCAACGUCAUGUAUCCCGAUUCACCGCCACGCUACGAUGAAUGCGUGGGGCCAGGAGCAACACAAAUAUACAUUCCCACAGAUGAUCCCCCCCCAUAUUCUCUUACGGACCCUUGUCAAAGAAAUGAAAUAUCUAUAAACAUUAGCGUAGAAGAGGAAGCAGCAUCUGGGACUACAGGACAGGCUGCAAAUUACGCAGUCAGGCUGCAGGACUUGCAGCAGCCCAUUUCAUCCAUCUCUUUGUCGUCUCUUGCUCUGGAGGCUGCUCCCCUGUACGAGACGGUGGUGUGUGAACAGAAUAUCCCCAUCCCACUUGUUCCAAUGGAAGUACUGAAGAAUUCUUCCACUGACUAUCAGACCCUUCUGAACCGAAUCAUGUGA